AUGUUCACACCGAUAGAGAAGGCUCUCGAGUCGUUCAAAAACGGCAAGUUCUUGAUAGUCCUCGACGACGAGUCCCGCGAGAACGAAGGCGACCUCAUCUGCGCAGGCGUGCACGCCACGACCGAAAACAUGGCCUUCCUCGUCCGCCACUCGUCCGGGUACGUGUGCGCGCCGAUGACAAACGAGCGGGCAGACAAGCUCGAGCUGCCGCUCAUGGUCGCGCGCAACAGCGACCGCCACGGCACCGCAUACACCAUCACCGUCGAUUUCCGCGAGGGAACGACGACCGGAAUCUCGGCGCACGACCGGGGGCUUACUUGUCGUAAGCUGGCGGAUGAUGCUGUUGUCGCGGGCGAUUUCAUGAAGCCGGGACAUGUGGUUCCGCUGAGGGCGGUCGACGGCGGCGUGCUGGCACGAAGAGGACAUACCGAGUCUGCUGUCGACCUCUGCAAGCUAACCGGUCUCCCCCCGGUGGGCGUGAUCGGCGAGAUCGUAAAGGAUGAGGACGGAUCGAUGGCGCGUCGGGACGACUGUCUUGCGUUUGGAAAGCAGCACGAUCUGGACGUCAUCACGAUCGAUGCGUUGGUCGAGUACAUCAAGCAGCAGAGCUCUUAG